AUGCAUCAACAUUUGUAUCAAGGGCUCACUUCCUUCAUUGAAGAUGUGGCUAUACUGUUACAGAAGGAGCACAACCUUCCAAAGCUAAGUCUGUAUCCGUUGACAGAGGUAGUAGCGGUGUCCUAUUUCGUUGCUGACAAGUUUUCAUGUCUAUUUUAUGAUUACAAUCAUAUAACUAAGGGGAAUUCGGAAUCAGUUCUUACCACAAGCAAUGAUGACUCACAAGAAGCAAUGACCAAAGUAGAACGAUACAAUCAGAUCUCUCUUCGAGUCCAGAAUGCAGAUAUGAAUAGGCAGUCACAUAAACAGGAAAUAUUUAACCUAGGUGAACCCUUGCCGCUCACGUACUUACCGUCAAACCAAAACAAAUUCAAAUCCAAAUCUAAAUCCAAUCCCAAUUCAAACCGCUUCACGUCGUCUUUGCAUGACACCGCACAAACGCCAAUAGCCCCAACUCCAUAUACAGUGUCCUCUCUACCUAAUAAUGCAGACGGUGAGCUCUAUUAUCGUAACACGUUUAAGCGCACCCCAGGUACACGGAAAACAAGUCAAGGUCGCAUACAGGAUCGAAUAAGAACCAAGUUGUCCCAAUUGGAUCAAGAGUUGGACGGUCUUAUCCAUGAAGCCACCGACAUUGAAUUGAUUGACAUCAAGCUUGACGAAAUACUAGAGUUGAUAAACGAUCUCAAGAGCCAAAGAGACGAGACUGAGACACAAGAAGAAAAUGUCAACAAUGCCCAAGUGGAUGAGCUACUCAAAAAGUUGGAAAAUGCCAAAUUGAAAGCGAAUCUACAGACUACUUCAAGACUAAACACAGUCUCCAAUCGAGUUUCCAACUACGUUUACAGCUUUAGAUAUUGGAUCACGGCGAGUAUCGUCUUUCUCAUUCUAUUUUUCACAAGUUCUGUUCUUGCAGCUGAUUUCAAGUACCGAUAUUGUUACUACUUUUGCUGA